AGCCUUCCUCACCUCUAUCACACACACUGCUGAGUGCUGACACAUAGCUGUGGCCUCGCUCUCGCCGGUGGAGCGGAAUGGCUUCGCCGGUGGUGGAGGUGGCGCAGGCCAUCGCCGUGGAGGGGAAGAAGGAAGAGAAGGAGGUGGUGAAGUGGCUGGGGCAUUACUCCUCGGUGCAGAGCAUCCUGGUCGUCGGCGACGGGGACUUCUCCUUCUCGCUGGCGCUCGCCACCGCGUUCGGCUCCGGCGAGAACCUCGUCGCCACGUCCCUCGACUCCUACGGUUAUCUUAGAAUCAUGUACAGCUAUGCGGAGUCGAAUGUAACGUCGCUGAAAAGGACGGGCGCCACAGUCCUGCAUGGUGUCGAUGCGACAGAGAUGAAGAGUCACGCCCAUCUGAAGCUCAAUCGCUUCGAUCGCAUCCUGUUCAAUUUCCCUCAUGCUGGUUUCACUGGGAGCGAGACCCAGCAGCACAUGAUCGGUUCGCACAAGCAGCUCGUGGAGGCUUUCUUCCGCAAUGCAAUCCACCUGCUUCGUCCUGAUGGUGAAAUCCACGUCACUCACAAGACGGGACAUCCGUACCGCAGUUGGGAGAUCGAGCAAUUAGCCUCCGAGUCUGCACUUGUUAUGUUUAAGAUGACUUACACCAACAAAAAAAGUCAGGCAACUGACAUAUAGUCGGUCCCUUGUUUUUGGGUGUAGAUUAUUCCAGUAUAUUGAAAAGAUAAACAUGUAUCUUGUCUGCAACUCUGGAUGCGUCUUUACGCUGGUUUGAAUAUAUUCAUCUUCAAGGCUUUCGUGAUACUCCCUCUGGUUGGGAUUAUAAGUCUAGCACGGGAACAU